GGGAUCCCCCAGGGCAGGACAGGUGUCCGUGGAGUAUUUGAGGCCCUGUGCAGGCAAGACGGCUCCGGGGUGUGACGCCGGGGCCUGCAGUGCCGCAGACACAGUGUCACGAAGACAACGCCGAGCGCAGAGCGGGACAAGGGCAAGGCUGCCUUCAUCCCAGAACCGCCCAUGGGACACGCGGGGCCCGUCCCUUCUGGUACCUUUGACGUCGGUGGCGUGGGCCCCUCGUCAGGUGGCUAAACACACCCGCGGCCCCAGAGUCAGAGACGCCGAAGGAGGCUGGGUGGGAGGAGCAGCCGCGCUAGGCCGGCCGUGGCCUGCGGGCGGCGAGGUUCUAAGCCGGCACGAGGGUGUCGGCAACACGCGCGUAUUCUCUCCCUCCCUCCCUCCCUCCAAAUCUCCCACAAACCUCUGGUCUUCCGCUCUGACCGGAAGUGCGUGAGGACGGGGAUUCUGGGAAUUCUGGGACUCAGCCGGCGCCGGCCCCCGGCGUGGAUUCCCUUCGCGGAUUCUUGUCACGAUAGUUACAGUCCCUCGAGGAACUGAUGACUGCUAAUUUUCCCGCUGGAAGCUGGUAGAAGCAGAAUCCUAACUGAUGUAGGACCUAUGAAGAAUUAUCAUUAAUGAAGCAUUAUAAUAAUGACCCAAAUCUACGAGGACUUAGAAGGCUUGAUGCUAUAAUAGGUAACAACUGCAAAGGGCCAUCUUUCCCCAUGGAAGAUGGCAGAUGGCUCUUGGCAGAGCGCAAGAGGGAAAAACAAACUUGUGAGACAUCGUUAAAAGCCUCUGCUCUGAAAUGCCACACUAUUAAUUCUGUUGACACUCCAUUGGCCAAAACAAGUCACUCGGCUGAGCACAACAUCAGUGGGACGGGGGAGGUGAACUUCAGAGAAUAUGGGUGUCCGGCCUUUCCAGUAUGGCCACUAGUGGUUCUCUGCUCUCUGCUUGACCUUAGUCGUGGGAGGCACCAGUGCAAGAUUGGUGCACGGUGGCAGGAUCAUGGCUACAACAGUUCCCUACUGAAGAGGAGACCUCAACCCCUGUCUGGUUUCUUACACCUGUCUUCACCUCUGCAGACAGCGUGGUUGUUAAACCUUAUUCUCUACGGUGUGUUUGAAUGGCUUGCUUUUUCCUUCUGGGCCUCUGAUUCUGCUCCACCCUGUCACAGCCUCCUUUCUACCUUUCCUACAAUUGCUCACCCACACCGAAAAUGCUUUCCCGGGUCCCCUCUGCCUCUUUUAAUCCUGCCCAUUCAGUGCCUGGUCUCUUCCAGAAGCUUCCUCUGA